UGCUCUAUAAAGCUUCAUUCACAGAUGCUUCCUUCUUGGCAAUGCAUAUCUGCAAGCCCCCCCUCUCAUCUUCGUCCUCUUCAUCUUUUCCCACAGUUAAUUAAUUUGUUUACUUUUAGAUCGAAACUCAUUAAUUAAGCAUCAGAUACAUAUAUUCUUGAUCAUAUAUUAUAUCGAGAUGAGGCAGAAGGGUUUUCUUCUUCUUCUACUGGUUUUGGCUGCCUCUUGUCUUCUUCUCUCCUCUGCUGUGGCUGCUGCUCGUUCCUCCGCAGAAAUCCUGAAGCCAUUUAAGGAUGAUCCGUCUGUAGAUUCAGUCCAUCGCUUGCUUCCUCCUCAGGGUAAAAUGGAGACGGGCACUGGAGAAAAGCUAACAGAUGAGGAAGAAGUGAUGAUGAUAGAGCGAAGAAUGGAUUUGGAAACCUCCGACUAUAAAGGAACUGGAGCCAACGACGACCAUGAUCCAAAACCUCCUGGACAAGUUUGAUUUCUAAGAUAAUUUGAAGGGUCCUUGGGAGUCUGUGAAGGCAAGCCAGGAGCUCCUGAGCAGAUUGAUGCCCUUUCGAGUUUAAAUAUUGAUGUAAGUGGUGCCCUAGCUUCUUCUUCCGCAUCUUUGGCACUUUCUCCACUUCCUGUUGCAGAUCUUUUCAAUAAUAUAAUUUUCUCUUAAGCUGUCCUUAUUCCCUUUCGAUUUCAUUUCAUGUUGUACAAACACUUUUAUCUUCCGGUGUAAUGAUUUCUUAUUUGUAAGAUUUCCUUUUGUACUGACUUUGUUGUUUGGUGACAUUGUUAUCUCUUUGUUUUGCUUACUUCGCUUUCUUACACAUUUAUAUAACCUACCCCCCAAUUCUUUAGGGGAAA